UUUUCCUCCCUAAAAGCAAUGAAUGAAGGAUUGCUGCAAUUUCUAAUUGGAAUAUUUACUCCAGAUUUCCCCCUUCUGCUUACACCUUGGGGUUUUUCAAUUCAUUAAUACAUUUCCUGGCCUCAAUUUACACCUUUCUUCCACCAAUACUUCAAUUCAAUUCAAUUCUCUCUCUCUCUCUCUCUCUCUACACCCUCCACCUCUUCCCCAUAAUUAAAUUAAGCUUUAAAUAAAACCCCAUCUCUCUCCCUUCAUUUCCCUUUUAUAUAAUGGCCUUACAUGUUCAAACCCACCAACACCAAGAUCAUUUUGAAGGUGCUAGUGUUGUUGGUCAUGGUUCAAGCCUAGCAGCUACUCUUCCACUCACUCUUGAUCUCUUCUUCCAUAAUACCAACUUUCCUUCUUCCUCCUAUAUUUAAUUAGAAGAGCCCUCUCCUCUGCUUUUAGGUUAGCAGAAGUUCCUUAACCUUAAGGUGAAAUAUACUACACAGAACACAUCAAAGAUGAGUCGAAGAAAUGGCAACGGGCCCAAGCUCGACCUGAAGCUGAACCUAUCACCACCAAGGGCUAAUCCUAGAGUGGAAUCACCAAGCCGGUCAGCGACAGUUUCACCAACAUCACCACCAAGCUCAUGUGUGUCAUCAGAGCUGAACCAAGAAGACACUCUGCUAUACUCUAAUAGCCCUGAAGCUACUUCCAUGGUGCUUGUGGGAUGCCCAAGGUGCCUCAUGUAUGUGAUGCUCUCGGAAGAUGACCCUAAAUGCCCCAAAUGCAAGAGUACUGUGUUGCUUGAUUUCCUCCAUGACAACACUCUACAGACAAAGAACAGUUAAAAAAAAAAAAAAAAGUAGUAGGGCUUCCUUCUGACUGAUUCUGCUGCUAUUGGAACUAGUAGACUCUCUAUAUUCUCCCCCCUUUUACCUCAAGUAGUGCUAUUUGGGCUCCAGUUUUUUGCAGCUCUGUUCCAUGCUAGAAUGAUGUGGUUGCAGGGAAUGGGAAGUUAAAAGAGACGAAAUUAAACUUGGAGCCCAAAUAGCACUAAUCCUCCCUCUCUCUCUCUCUCUCUCUGUUCUAAAUAUAUUUCAUUUCUGCCCUUUUUCUAGUCAUAGAACAAAGAAUAGGCGCUGUAUGAACUCAGGUAGUGUUUGUGUUUUCUUUGUGGGUUCAGCUUUCUUGCCGCUUAGCAGAAGACAAAUGUAAGCGGGUUAGUUGCAGUAGCCCAAAUUUUCCUAUGAAUGCUAGGCAUUUUAUGAUUUUA